ACCCGGUCUGUGUGGCCCCCACAUGCUUUUGUCAUCCCAGAGACAAAGCAUUCAGGUUGUGCUGGAAGGAGUUUCAUUUAGUGCACAGUUUUGACGGUGUCUUCCUGCAGGACCCCAAGAAGAGCACAUUUCAGAUCUUUGGGAAAGAAGUGUGCCUCAUAGGUCAUUUGAUGUGUCCCGUCCCCAGCACUGUCCAGGAGCCCGUCUGCUGUGAGUGCCAGGCCAGGUGCGGCGGCUGCCUGCCGGUGCCCAGGGCCGAGGCGGCCUUGCCUUACUGGGUUCCUUUGUCCCUCAGACCCCGAAGGAAGAUCCCAAAGAUGGUCCAGUUUUAUACCCCCCAAACCGACAAGGCAUGCCCCUGCCCAUGCCACUGCUUUGGGGGCCGCCUCCCGGUGCCUAGGGAUCAGGCUGUGAUGCCCUACUGGGUGCCUCAGGUCCUGAGGCCUCGCACGAAGGUGGUGAGAAGGCAGCAGAGUUUUAAAGGCGUUCAAGAGGCCCCGCUGGACUCGCACGCCGGGUACCACCGCUGGCAGAUCUGCUGCGAAGGGAGCCUCUUCCUCAAGUGGCGGCAGCUCCAGGCCCUUCACCACCAGGAGCCACUGGCCCCGGGGAGGGGAGUGAGUCCCUCGGUUCCCCUCCUGCCCGUCAGCCUCAGCCUUCUCACCCUCCUGCAGGCCGUCGUGAGGGUCGUGGUGGCCAUCCGACAGUUGUUUUGGUUUUGAACUUGGAAUCUUCAGCUACUGUUGAGAACAUCCACGAACUUUGCCAAUUAUAAUCAAGUCUUUAAUGAAAGUUAUCAAGUCAGGAGGAGUCUUCGAUGCCCCAUUUUCUCAGGUCAUAUAAUUCACACCCAAGUUUGAAUCCAAGUUACUUAUCAUCCGGUGAGGCUGCGGAUGCUGGUGACCCCUGAAUGCGGCCAAUAAAUGUUAUUUGUGAGACUCCA